AUGACAGAUUCUGCGUUACUGAGGAAAGACGAGCUGGAAACAAGCCUGCACAAUGAGAGAAAGCUGAUCCAGGCCGGCAAAUUGAAGGAAGACAACCCUCUCGAUCUGAGUGAAGGCUUCAAAGAACUGUGUGAGGCCUCUCGAAGAGGGGAUUUGAAGGUUUGUCAAGAGAAGAUUGCCGAGGGAGUGAAUAUAAACGGGAGGGACCUUUUUGACUGCACCCCCCUGAUCCUCCCAUAUGCGGCCCAUAUCGCGUCUCUUUUGACCAGGGACCACCCUCGAACUUCGGACAUCGUCGUGGCUUCAGCAGAUGAAUCCUUUCCCUUGCACAAAUUUAUUUUGUCAGCAAGAUCGCCGUAUUUUCGAAAGAAAUUGGCUCACUGCCCCGAAGCGACGACAUGGAAGCUACCAAGCACUCUUCCGCCCCAGGCGUUUAGCGCUGGUAUAAAGUACCUUUAUUUUGGAGAACCACCCCGUGACUUGAGAUCAGGCCCUGGGACCGGCUUUACAGAGUCUGAAGUCUUGGCGGGGAUAGACAAAAUCGCGACCCAGUUGGAGCUUCACAGCUUGAUGGAUACGAUUUUGGACAGUGGCGAUCGGAGGCUGGCUAGGCAAAGACGAACGGAUGAAGUAGCAAAAGUAAAAUGGGACCGAGAUAACACUAUAUUUGCCGAUGUGCUUCUGAGAGCCGACGAGGACUUGAUCGAAACGCCAGACGCAAACGAAACGCUUUUAGACUCGAAAGAUGAGGCUACAUCUAAGGGUAUCCCGAUUGGCCCUGUGUCUCAAUCGCGUCCAAUACCACAGGCAAAGAGCCCUCGGCGCUCCGUCCUUUAUCCUGCUCAUCGAGCCAUGCUCAUCCGAUCCGAAUUUUUCCUUGCCAUGUUCUCAUCCGCUUUUCGAGAAGCUCAAAUGUCAAAGUACCUGCAAAUAAUUCAUGUUGAUUGUUCCCCGGAUGUUCUAGAGGUCGUCCUCGACUUUCUAUAUACGGAGAAAGUGGAUUUUCCGCUCGAUAUAGCGGUCGAUGUUCUCUAUGCUGCCGAUCUCCUCAUGAUCGAAAGGCUCAAAACAAAGGCGGCUGUGAUUAUUAGCACGCUAGGUAACGGGAAUUUGAAAAAGCAAGAACGGCCACUGCAAACCACGGAGAACGAGCCUCAUACUACCACGCUAGAAGGGACAUCAGGGACAAACGAACAAGAGGAAGAUGAGGAACUAAUAGACAUCUACGAAAUCAUCCGUGCCGGCUGGCUUACGCGUGUGCAACGGCUAGAAGAGUUCGCCGCUCGGUACCUAGCAUAUAGGUUAGAGUCUCAUAUUGGCAGGCCAGAGUUCGAGCAACUUGUCCUUGAAUCAGCAACUCGCAUCCAAAAGCGACAAGAAACGGACUCUAUAGAGCUGGUCGAUGAUAUUCGAUACUAUCUUAGUGACCGGUUUAGACUCCGUUUUGAAGAUUCCGGCCUAGACGAGAUGAUGGAGGGAGGUGCGGAGACCAGUAUAACCGAAUUUCAAGAUAAAAUGACAAUGGCGCAAGCUGACGCAUCGAACUCGAGCUCUGACGUAGGAGCAUCAUCUCUCUCUUCUAAUGCGUUGGUCCCGUCAUCGCGGGGUUCAGAGCCAUCUGAAGAUGAAGCCGUUGAUCUCUGCGCGGACGUAUCAACGCAGUCUAACCGCGAUGUCCCCGCCGCCCCCGUAUUUAGAACCGUGGAUGGGGAAAUUGCGGGAGAUGAGUUUGCAAGGGACGCGAUGAAUUAUCAAAUUCUCCUGAACAAGCUUGACCGACUGCUGGAGAAACUGAACCUGGAUGCUUGA